AUGCAACACCUACAAGAACUGGAGAGCCGUCUUGACCGAUUGAUCUCGGAAAAUCGCCUGCUGGUUGCAGCCCGAGAUGAAGCCGAAGACAAACUCCGCAACGUCAGCGUCGCUCGACGCAAGAGCGACCAUGCACUCAACAACCGCGACGCCGAUCUGCGUGACCGGGCCGCCGAGGUGGAACAAUUGAAGAGCUCGCUGGAAUGGUUCCAGAAAGAAGUGGCCCGGCUGACGGAAGAAAACGAGGGGCUGACAAAGACAAGUUCCAACCUCACUGCCACUCACGCGCAGGAGGUCCAAGUGAUGCAGGAUACGUUCAGUCGCCAGGUUGAUGAAUUGCGCUCGGAAAAUCAACAGCUGUCGGCGGAAAUGCACGAGCGGGUGCGACAAGAGGUGGACACGGCGUUGGCACAAAAGGAUAUGGAGCUGCGACGGCUGCGGGAGGACCUGGAGACUGCCCGCGACAAGGUGAAGCAACUACAACAACAGAUCGCAGCGGCCAUGCAAGACGACGUCCUUGUCUUCCGCGAUGAGGACUAUUUUGAUGCUGCGUGCCAGAAGUUAUGUGGUCACGUGCAGCAAUGGGUCCUCCGUUUCUCCAAACAUUCCGAUCAUCGUCGCUGCCGCAAGCUCGGCGACCUGCAAGAUGAAAAGAUCGCCGACCGGUUCGACAACGCCAUCCUGGAUGGCUCCGAUGCCGAUACCUACCUCGCCGAUCGGGUGCGUCGUCGUGACGUGUUCAUGUCUGUUGUCAUGACCAUGGUGUGGGAAUUUAUCUUCACCCGCUAUCUGUUCGGCAUGGAUCGCGAGCAACGGCAGAAGCUCAAGUCUCUGGAGAAACAGCUGGCCGACAUUGGCCCGCGCAGUGCUAUCCAUCGGUGGCGAGCCACGACCCUGACACUGCUCUCGAAGCGGCCCACCUUUUCGAAGCAGCGUGAGAGCGACACCGAAGCUGUGGCUCUGGAGAUCUUCGACACUCUGUCGCGUCUCCUCCCGCCCCCGACCAAUGUCGAGGCCCAGCUUCUAGACUCCCUCCGCAAGGUGCUCCGGGUCGCGGUCCACCUAUCUAUCGAGAUGCGUACGCAGUUGGCGGAAUAUAUCAUGCUGCCGCCACUGCAGCCCGAAUACGACACCAACGGGGACCUGGCCCGGCAAGUCUACUUCAACGCUUCCUUGAUGAAUGAGCGCAGCGGUGAAACCAUCUCCAAUGACGUCCUGGAAUCGCAGCAGGCGGUGGUACGGGUUGUCCUAUUCCCGCUGGUGGUGAAGAAGGGCAAUGACCGGGGCGAAGGCGACGACGAGGUGGUGGUCUGCCCGGCGCAAGUGCUCAUUGCUCGGCCCAACAAGGACAAGAAGGUGGUCAAGAUGCUGAGUGGUGAUCGCAUGUCCCUAGAUACGUCGAGAUCGGUCCACAGCAUCGCUCCGUCCUCGACCAUGGACAUGAGUAAUGUCAUCUGA